AAUACAACACCGAGGUGGAGCACGUAUAGCUUUCUUGCAAUAAAAAUCUCCCCGCUGUACUAUAAGCGUUAAGUUUAUAAAUUGUUCCGAGUCUCGACAUGCAUCCGAACACUUUUGAGCAGUGAUCGCCUUUUUUCCGAAUUAUUAACUGGGCAAAUAAAUAAAUACCGCACGUGGUCGCGGUGUUAUUGUAGCGAAUUGUGUCCAUGUCUGACGACGCGGUUGUGCCAACUGACCAAGUGCUUUAAGUCAGCGAGCUAGUCGCACAGUUAUUUUUGCCCUGUUUAUUUGCUUUGGCCUUACCGAUGUCUGGAAGAACUCCGGCCGCGUGCGCUUUAUCUAUCCUUGUUCCUGUUCUGAUCUGUUUUAACAAGAGUACCGGAAGCGCCGGUGUCAGUGGUCAAAAUGCCAGCGCGGAAACCGGCAACGAUACGGUAUUUGUCGAUUUCGGAUUCAUUAUUGGACCACAAUCAUUUCACACAUGGUUUCGGGAUGCAACCCUUCGAGAGGAAAGCAUGAAAUCUGAAGAACAGCUUUCGCUGUUGUCCGAUCAUAACCAGAUAGUCCGAGAAGGAUCUCCGGCACAUUUUGACUGGCUGACGUACAAUUCUCUAGCGGAUGAACCACGGAACGUAGCAGCAUUCUCGCGGAAGCUGGAGUAUAUUUCGGCAGCUGUUGCUCAAAGAAAUGGUCAUUCUGGUGCUGCCCCGGAAACCCUGAACGACUAUAGCGAAGCCCUGCCGAAAGACAUUAAAGCCAGUUGCCCCUUCCCGAUUAGCACAUUACCGUGCAACGCAGCGCAUUUUCGAUCGUUUAGCGGAGAAUGCAACAACGUGCAGCAUCCUUACUGGGGCCGACAAUUUACGCCAUUCAGCCGGACAAAAGAUGGUGAAUAUUUCGAUGGUGUAUCAGGCCCAAAAACGCAAGAUAGUCUCGGGCACCGUCUACCCUCACCGGUCCGCGUCAGUGAAGUGUUCAGGAAAACAGCAAUCGGCGACCACAAAUAUGUCAAUCAACUGCUACCAGUCUGGGCCAUGCUGCUGGAGGAUGAUUUGGCGCAAAGCGUAUCUUACGCCGCUGGCAACGGCAGUAUGGCGGUCUCUUGUUGUGGGGAUUUACAAACAAUACAUCCGGAAUGCUUUCCGAUUGUUGACAAUGACCGGUCUAGCUGUACGCAUUAUAUGCGCUCAUUAUCGGCACCGGCGAUCGGUUGCCAACUGCAAGCACGACAGCAGAUGAACCUGGCCAGCCACUUCCUGGAUGGAUCCAGUAUUUAUGGAACUUCUGAUCAACGAGAUCCGCUUGGAAUUAAGAAUGGAUUACUGCCUAUGCAGAAAGGCCCAAACGGAAAGGGUAUACUUGUAAAACCUUUGGAUAAUAAAGAAUGCGAGAAACCGGAGACAUCGGAAGGACAGUGUCCUUCUCACAAGUCAGAAACCUCUCCCACGAGUGGCUACGCACCAUUAGCAGCAAUAAAAAUAUUACUCAUGCGAGAACACAACCGGCUGGCGAAUAUUCUUUCGACGCUAAACCGUCACUGGAAUGCCGAAAAGCUUUUUCAGACCGCACGAAAAAUUUUGAUAGCAGAAAUCCAACACAUUACUUUUAAGGAGUACUUGCCCAUCCUGUUGGACCAUCGCGCUCUUAGAGACCACAAUCUGACAUUACAGAACAUCAACUAUUACAAUGGUUACAGGAUGGAGACAGAUCCUAGUGCCAGCAAUGGGUUUGCGACAGUUGGGUCAAAAUUAUGGUUGACAAUGUUGGAUGACAAAAUUUUGCGCGUUCACUGGAACAACACAAAGUCCAGACGAUUAAUUUCUAAAGAUGUGUUGCAACAGUCUGAGUUUUUGGAAAACGACGAAAUGGAUAGCUAUAUAAGAGGAAUGGUGAGGCAACCAAUCCGGAAGCAUGGCGGAAUUUCAGGAGAGGUUCUAGAUGACUGGCUGCAAAGUCCAGAGCAGUCAUUUGGCAUGAACUUAUUAUCGUUAGUUAUUCAGAGAGAACGAGAUCACGGUAUUUCCGGCUACACGAAUUGGAGAAAGCAGUGUGAUUUACCAAACAUUCUGAACUAUGAAGACUUGGACGGCGUUAUGACCGCUGAAGAUAUUGCGCAAUUCAAGAAAAUAUUCAAGUCCGUACAUGACAUCGAUUUAAUUGCUGCCGCCUUUGCGGAAGUGCCAUCCAAGGGCUCAUUAGUGGGACCUGUACUAGCUUGCGUUAUUGGUCAACAGUUUAACAGCCUCAGGCAUGGAGACCGAUUUUGGUACGAAAUGGAUAUUCCGCCAUCAAAAUUCACUUUAAACCAACUAAACGAACUGAAGAAAUCUUCGCUCUCAAGACUGAUUUGCGAUAACGCCGACAACCUCACCAAUAUUCAGCCGGAAGCCAUGCUGCUGCCCGAUGAAGCAUUGAAUGCCGUCAUUGACUGCCGAAAUAUUCCUGCGAUGGAUUUAAGCAAAUGGAGAGAACAAACGGCUCUGUUCCAUAUCGAUUUGUUGAGCCCUUCGAAUGAAACUGAUCCGAUUUUAAUUCGAAACCGUCGGCAGUUUGGGUUUGGAGGAGGCGGAUUUGGAGGAGGUGGAUUUGGAAACUUCCGCCAAAGUCGCCAGCUUCAGCCAGUUAAUCAGUUUCAAAAUUUCCAGCCGAGUGAUAAUGGCUGCGAUGAAAAGCGGCAAGGAUGUGAUGCCACCUCCAAAUUCCGAUCAAUUUCCGGUCAUUGCAACAAUCUAAACCAUCCCGAAUUCGGCGAAACAGAUCGAAUAUUUUCUCGUUUUCUUGCUCCACAAUAUGAUGAUGGAGUGGGACAACAAAGGGACGCAAGUGCUGCGGGAGGAUCGCUUCCUCCGGUCAGGGCUGUCCGCACAAAUAUCCUGACAGAUGUUGACCGGCCGCAUCCAAAGUAUACGGUUUUGCUGAUGCAAUUUGGGCAAUUUAUCGACCAUGAUUUUACUAACACACCGAUGGCUACAAGCAACACUGGGGGGUUUCUCUCCUGCCGGGAAUGUGAUUCACAGUUUACUGUUAGUCAAGAAUGCCGUCCGAUCCGAGUGCCACAGGGCGAUCCAGUGAUGGCGUCGUUUGACCAGCGCGGUCGCCCAUUGUGCCUGAGUUUCACCCGCUCCCAGUCCAGACAGGGCUCCGAUGGUCGACGGCAACAGGUUAAUCAGUUGUCCUCGUAUCUGGAUGGAGGGAUGGUUUAUGGUACUUCGCGCUGCUUUACAAGGAGACUCCGAUCACUAAACAAUGGACUGCUGAUAACUACAAGGCAUCCACAAGGCGGAAAAGAUUUGUUGCAGCAGAGUACAAAUCAGAACGAUGUCGAAUCCCAGGAAUGCCGCAGUGUCAAUCGGGCCAAUCGAUGUUUUCUGGCUGGAGACGCACGAUCAAACGAGCAACCCGGGCUCAGUGCAAUGCAUACCGUUUGGGUGCGUGAACAUAACCGAAUUGCCAACGAACUCAGGGGACUGAAUCCCCAUUGGGAUGACCAGCGCGUAUUUGAUGAAACACGACGAAUUUUAGUCGCAGUGUUGCAGCAUAUCACUUACAACGAAUGGAUACCUCGCGUCGUUGGACAGCCAGUUGCCAAUAUCUUUGGACUUGCACUCAAAAAAAGCGGGUAUUACAAUGAAUACGACGACACAUGCGAUGCAACUAUCAGCAACGAAUUUGCAACAGCCGCUUUCCGCUUCGGACACAGUUUGGUCCCCGCUCGGCUGGGACGAUAUGACAACACUUUCCAAAGCAACCUCUUCAAACCGCUCAACUUGUUUGAGCAUUUCUCUCGAGUCGAUUCUCUGUACGAAAGUCUCGGUGUCGAUCAGAUUUUGAUUGGAUUAACGAUCGAACCGACGCAGAAUGCUGACUUUUCCUUCUCCGAUGCACUGGCCAAUCACCUAUUCCAAGACCCUAACCGUCCGUUAGGAACAGAUCUCGUCGCAAUUAACAUCCAACGCGGCAGGGACCACGGCUUGGCUGGAUACAACGCGUAUAGAGAACGAUGCAAUAUGACAAAGGCGAAAUCGUUCGAUGACCUUUUGGGGGAUAUCCCGAAGUUUUUGGUCGACCGGCUUGCUCAACUUUACCGCCAUGUGGAUGAUAUUGAUUUGUUUACCGGAGGUACUGUGGAGCUGCCAGUAACAGGAGGGCUGGUUGGUCCAACUUUUGCCUGCAUUAUCGGAGAACAAUUUCUCCGGCUACGGAAGUGCGAUAGGUUUUGGUACGAAAAUUCAGACACGACUGUGCGCUUCACACCAGCACAACUAGCGGCAAUAAAAAAGGUCACCAUGGCCAAACUUGUUUGCCAAAAUUCGGACACUUACAAUCAGAUUCAACGAUCCGUAUUCGAUCUCCCGGAUACGUUUUCCAAUACGCAUGUCAGCUGUAAUGAUAUCACAUCACUGGACCUCUCCCCAUUCCAGGAGGUCUCCGCCUGUUCUGUAAGUGGUAAGAGAGUGGAGAUCGGCGAGUCAAAGAGAGCGACGCCGUGCGUAGAAUGUUCGUGCACAGUAAACGGGCCGGAUUGCCGAUCACUCAGCGUCAAUUGUCAAGACCUGAAAAAAGAAUUCACCACAGACCAAAUUUUGGCGGACAACGUUUGUAAAGUUCAGUGCUCCAAAGAACUAGCGGAUGACGACGACAGCGCAAAAUAAUUGCUUGAUAGGGCACAAACCUUUUCGCGGUUUUUGGGAUUUUUUGUCGUUUUGUUGCCGCACAAGCGGGAUUAGGGUUACGAGAUGCCAGUAGUGGUGAUUUAUAUUUUUUGCGGUUUUUGCCUUCUGGAUUAUACUUUAGGAAUUUUUUAUGAUGUGGCAGAGAUACUCAAUUUGUUACACCAAAGCGAUAGUUAUAAUAAUAAAAGUAUUUUACUCUGGGUCGUGAGUUUUGUUCAUUUGAGCCAAACUGAACAGGCGGUUAGCUGCUGCUCCAGAUUAUGGACCCAAUCACGUAAUAG